AUGGCCCCUGCGGACAGCUCCAACCAAGCUAAAGCAGCUAUUCCAAGCCCUGCGGGCGAGCUUCGUGAAGCAAAGCGACACGGCCUGAUCGCACAGCUGUUAUGUGCUACCAGGCCUACCAAGCUUGACUCGAUCACCUGGGCUUAUCUGUGGUUUGCAGAUCUCUCGAACUUAGAAGAACUCGUGAGAGCCUGUGAAGAGAUUCGAUUGUUCACUCAUUGUAUGCACCUCGGUCUCUCGAAGAGUGAGGAUAAAACACAAGUAAUCGAUACCUGGGCGGUUGCACGUACCAAAGAAGAAUUGGGAAAGGCCUCAGAAGACGAAGAAUCAGAUACAGACAGCGAGGAGCCUCCAACCAAGAAACGUCGGCUUGCUUUAGACCAAGAAAAGCGUCCCAGUGUUUCAGAAGAAGAAGCCACUCAUAUAGCCAAUAAACUAUGUACCGAGCGAGACAAUGCCAGUUGCGUGGUCACUGGUUGCCGUGAUCCGGUCGAAAUCGCACGUAUACUCCCAAUCGGUCUGGGAAUGAAGGAGGCACAAGAACCCCAGAAUUUUUGGUCACAACUGUACCGUUUCUGGAGCAAAGAGAGAGUCGAUGCAUGGAUAAAACAGGCUAGAGCCCUAGAAGGGAAAGGGGCCUGCUCAAACUUGCUGUGUAUGACGGACAUGACCCAUAAACUAUGGAAAAAAGCGUGCUUUGCUUUGAAACCGCUGUCCCCGAGUGAGGAUCGGAGGUCACUUGAGGUGCAAUUCUACUGGCUCCCGGUAUGUAAAUACCGUUCGAGAGUUUCAGCAACCGAAGUUCCCAGUCGUUUCCCUCGCAAGCUCUCCGGAACAGACGUCUAUGGACAAGAAACCAUGCUGUUUAGCAUUGCCACAGACAAGAUACUAUGUUCGGGGGACAUUCUCACCUUCACUACCAACGAUCCGAACAGCCACCCCCUUCCAUCCAUGGAGCUGCUAGACAUGCAGUGGGUCUUGAAUCGAGUCCUUGCCCUCAGUGGCGCUACCUACGCUACAGACAAAGAGCUUUAUGACAAUUACUGGUCGAAUGAGUGCUCAUAUAUUGAUAGCGAGGAUGAUUUGUACUAA